AUCUAUUACCAAAUGUACAAAGUCUUCGAAUAGAUGCAUCCUUAUUUGGUAUUUCAACAGUUUUAACUCGUAUUACAAGUUUAACAAUUGAUUUUAAUUCAAAUGUUAAAUAUAAAUCAACAGAUAUUCUUCGUCAAAUGGGUACUUUUCUACCUAAUAUACGCUAUCUUUAUUUUGAAUUAAAAGAUGCCCAAGACAUCUACAUAUUUCUUAUAUAUUGUCUUCGAAAACUUGAACAUCUAUUAGAUAUUCAUAUGACACUUCACGAAUUAAAUGUGCGUAUUGAUCAACAAGCCUUUAUGUCAUGGUUUAAUGAACAUAAAUUAUUAAAUGGAUUAAACAACAAAGUUCAAGUUGAAUUUGGAGGUGACGAUAACCGUUUACAUAUUUCAUUGUGA